AUGAACUCCUCCGACGAAGGCGAUCGCGUCGUCCAGAACCUACUCGACAAUGUGUGGACAACCCUCAACCGCCCAGGCCUCGCCGUCUUUGCCAUUGGAGGCGACGUCCAAAAGCCAGAUCCCGCUCCAGAAACGACAUCCUCACUUACAAUCCGCUGGGAUCGUGAUGAUCAAGGCCAAUGUCGCAAAUUGCUCCUUCCCGUGGGCGAUGAUACCUCUUCGAAAGAGUCGUUUGACAUGAUCCUCGAGGAUUGCCAACCAGCGACGUUUGGAGUUGGUAGCAAAGAGGUUCUUGAUGAGGAGUAUCGCAAGGCUGGAAAGUUGGAUGAUACUGCUUUCAGUACCAGCUUUAAUCCUUACGAGCAUGGCAUCAUGGAUACCAUCAAUCAGGUUUUGGCUCAAGGCGCGCAUCGAGCGGGUCUUGGUGUGAGGGCAGAGAUGUACAAGCUCAAUGUCUAUUCUGGUCCCUCUGGCAAGUUCAAGGCGCAUGUCGAUACUCCACGAUCAGAUCGCCAGAUGGGCUCACUCGUCGUCUGUCUCCCAGUUGCGCAUAAAGGCGGCCAACUCGUUGUACGACACAGAGGCAAUCAAGUCAAGUUUGAUUGGGGACCCAAGAGCGGCGACACCAUUCAAUGGGGAGCUUUCUUCUCCGACUGCGAGCAUGAAGUUCUCCAGGUUACUGAAGGACAUCGCAUGACCCUGACCUACAAUCUCUUUUGGACAAGCUACGGUCCUGCUUCGAUGGCCAAUAACCUCAAGGCUCUGGAUCAAGAGUCUCUUCACUUCUAUUCUGCUCUUCAGAAGUUGUUCGAUUGUGAACAUUUUCUAAGUGAUGGAGGCCUUGUGGGCUUCACUUGCGCCCACGCCUACCCUCAUACCUCGCAUUCCUCAAUGGACGAUCUCCACCACAUGCUCAAAGGCAUCGACAUGGUCGUCUACCAAGCCUUGAAACGUCUCCUAGGCUCAGCCUGCGUCACAGCCGUACUAGACGACUCGGAGUACAAUCAAGCCACACAUGAAUGGAGGAUGGAUUGCUCAGACGAUGAGGAGGGCGACUAUGACUGCGUCAGCGAUUCUUUGCAGCCAGUGCUCAUGAGCGAAGACUAUGACGAAGAGCAAACGCCGGAUCCGGGCACCAUUGCAGACUUUGGUUCGGGGCCGGCUUUUCCUCGUCGAGGUGUUACGUGGUUGAACCAUGGACCGAAUCAUCGGACGGCCACUGAACUCGCUGUUGCGUUCAUCACGUAUGGUAAUCAGCCUGGGAUUGAUGCUUAUUACUCUUCGGCCGUCAUCAUGGCCAAGGCGAAUGGAUUUAAGAAACAGUGA